CCACCCGAGCGUCAGGUGAGGGGGGCCCGGCCCCCCCCGCGCGGCAGCAGCGACCCCCGGGGGCGGCGGACCGGAAGCGGAAGUGGCUCCGCGGAGGCGCCGCGGGGCAGCUGCGACGGCGCCGGGGACCGGGGGCCCUCCUGAGCCCCCUCCCCACCAUGUUCCUGCUCCCCUGCUCUGCCCUCGCCCUCCUCCUCCUCACCUGCCUGGCUCUGGAGCCGCCCCCGCGCCGCCCCUCGCCCUCCAACCCCGCGUUCCGCGCCUUCCAGCGGCAGUUCCUGCUGGGUUACCUGCCGGCGCUGGCCGCGGACUGGCUGCAGGGCCCGCUGCUGUUCCAGCUGCUGCAGAGCCGGGGCUUCCUGCGCAGCCAGAUCGCCGCCCUCUACUCCUGCGGCUUCGCCUCCAACGUCGCCUUUGGCCUCGUCUCCGGGGUUUUUGUGGAUCGGCUCGGCCGGAAGAAGUCCUGCGUGCUGUCCUCGGGGCUGUGCUCCGUGUCCUGCCUGCUGCUGCUCUCCCAGGAUUUCCUGGCACUGGCAGCUGCCCGGCUCCUCGUGGGGCUCGGCACCUCCCUGCUCUUCUCCGCCUUUGAGUCCUGGUACAUCCACGAGCACCUGGAGCGCCACGACUUCCCGGCCGAGUGGAUUCCUGACACCUUUUCCCGCGUGGCCCUCUGGAACAGCGGCCUGGCCGUGGCAGCUGGCCUGCUAGCUGAGCUGGCGGCCGAGGGGCUGGCGCUGGGCCCCGUGGCCCCGUUUCUGCUGGCAGUGCCCUUCCUGGCUCUCUCAGGGAUCUUCGCUGGGAAGAACUGGGAUGAGAACUAUGGGAAGAGCCGGCCCUGCGGGAAGGCCUGCGGGGAAGGCCUUCGGGGCCUCGCGUCCGACCCCCGGGCGCUGCUCCUGGGGCUGGUGCAGGCCCUCGUUGAGAGCAUCCUCCUCAUCUUUGCCUUCCUUUGGACCCCUGUCCUGGAGCCACACGGGAUCCCGCUGGGAAUCGCGUUCUCGGGAUUCACGGCCGCUGGUGCCGCGGGCUCGGCGCUGUUCCGGCGCGGCGUCGCCGGGAAGCUCCGGCUGCAGCCGCUGCGGCUCCUGCCUGCCUCCGUCCUGCUCCUGGCGCUGGCCCUCCUGCUCCUGGCGCUGCCGCUCUACCCCCCCGGCGACUUCCUCGCCGUGCUGCUGCUGCAGCUCUCCUGCGGGGUUUACUUCCCGGCCAUGGCGUUCCUGCGGCGCCGGCUGGAGCGCGGAGGGGACGCGGCGGGAGGGGCGCGGUGGCUGCGGCUGCCCCUGGGCCUGGGGGUGGCGCUGGCCCUGCCGGCCCUGCCCGGGGACCUCGCGGGGACACGAGGGGUGUUCGGGGCCGCGGCCCUGGCGGCGCUGGUGGCGCUGGGGGCAGCCGGGGGCGUCCUGGGCACCAGCCGCGGGGACGAGGGGCUGAGGGUGGGAGACGAGGGGCUGCUCGAGGGGGACACUGGGGAGUGACAAGGACACUGCGACAGCGACACUGGGACAGCUCCGCAGCGACACCUGGCUGUGAUGGGAACACUGGGCCAGUGUGAGGGGGUCACCAAGGUGUGACAGGAACACAGGGCUGUGACAGGGACAGGGACACUGGGACAGCUCGAUGGGGACACCGGGGUGGGACAGGGACACUGGGACAGUUCGAUGGGAACACUGGGAUGGGACAGGGACAGAGGCACUGGGACAGCUUAACAGGGACAUAGGGGUGUAAUGGGGAUGCUGGGGUGGGACAGGGACAUCAGGACACCUUGAUGGGGACACCAGGAUGUGACUGGGACACCAGGACAGCUUGGUGGGGACACUGGGGUGUGAUAGGAAUGGGGACACUGGGGUGGGACAGGGACAGCAGGGACAGCCCCAGCUCAACGGGGACACCAAGGUGUAACAGGGACACCAAGAUGUGACAAGGAGAGAGACACUGGGAUGUCAUAGUGACAGAAGCACCAGAACAGCUCUUUGGGGACACCAGGGACACAGGGACAGCUUGAUGGAACACUGGGAUUUGACAGGGACAAGGACAGUAACAGCUGGCUGGGACAGGAACGCUGGGACAGCCACAGACACCAGAAUGUGACAGGGUCAGGGACACAGGAAGAGCCCAUGGGGUCACCAGGCAGUGAUGGGGUCACAGUGUAACCCCUGUGCUGAGCUGUGAGUGACAGAGACACCCCACGGGGACGCUGGACAGUGAGGGGUCACAGUGCCACCCCACGAUGGACUGUGGGUGACAACAACACGGGGACACCCCGAUCAUGACAAGAACAGGUCACAGUGUCACCCCUGUGGCUGAGCUGUGGGUAACAGUGACACUGUGACACCCCACUGGUGAUAUUAAACUGUGACAGGUCACAGUGUCACCUCCAUAAUGACACGUAGGUGACAGUGGCACCGGGACACCCCAGUGGAGACACAGAGCUGUUACCAGUGCCACCCCCACAACGAGCUCUGGGUGGCAACAUGGAGACACCCCGAGGUGACACUGAGCCGGGACAGAUCACGGUGUCACCCCUUGACAAGGUGAGGGGACACUGGUGCACCCUCAGGUAACACCUGGGCUGUGACGAGUCACAGUGCCACCUCCCCGCAGGCACAGCAGAGGGGACAUGGGGACACCAGGCCAGGUGUGGCCUGUGGCCGACCCCGUGUGGUGUCAUGGGGGUGGGGGUGUAUUAAUUGCUUAAUUAAUUUCUAAUAAACCCACCCAAUAGA